GGGGCCCGGCUGUUCGCCGCCGUGGCCGCGCUGGUGGAGGUGGCCCGGCUGCCGGCCCUGGGCGCCCCGCUGCUCGCCCGGCACCUCCGUCUGCUGCUGUCCGCGCUCUGCGGGCUGGGACACGGCCCCGCCGCCCUCUGCCAGGGUGUUUCGGAAGCGGAGCGAGCGCAGUGCCGGGAAGCCCUGAGGGAUAUCCUGGACCGUGUUUAUCAGCCGCUGGCGGUGCAGGAGCUGCUCAUCCUGCAGGGACAGCCCAAGCAGAGGUCUGCGGGUGCCGGGGCGGCUCCGGCCUGGCUGCGGCGGCUCUGCGGGCACCUGCUCUCCGAGAGGCUGCUGAGGCCUGGCGGGGUGCAGGCCGUGGCUCGGGGUGUCUUGGAGGGCACAGAUGGUGGUGCUGGUGCUGAAGCAGCAGCUCUGGACUGGAGGAAAUGUGAUGCAGUUGGGAAGAUCCUGGCUGCCUGCCCACAGCAGUGCCUGUCCCUCGAGGACUACUACAGACAGGUGUGCCCCCAGAUUCUGGACUUGCUGCACGUCCAGGACAAAGUGGCAGCGCGGCAGUUCCAGCGUGUGGCCACCACCACGCUGCUCACCAUGGCCAGGGAGCAGCCCCAGCUGGCAGAGCAGCACCUGCUCCAGCCCCUGCUGGCUCCACUCCGCCGCUGCUCCGAGGCCGCAGAGCUGUCACUGGAGGAUUUGACAGCAGGGGCUGUGCUGGUGCCAGAGGCAGAGCUGGGCAGCUGUGUGGAAGAUGUGCUCAAGGUGUAUGUGGUUGGGAAUGACAGCUCGAGCCUGCUGCUGGGAUCCUUGCAGUCAGUCCUGGGAGUGGUUUUCUCCCUCUAUUCCUUCGCCAAGCAGAAUGUGUCAUACUUACGCUCCCCGUGCCAGGACAUCCUGCUGUGGUUCCUGGAGAAGGCAGAACAGGAGCAGUCCCUGGCUGUGCUGGAAGGCCUGGCCAGGCUGAGCAGCCACGUGCCCACCCUUCACCCACAGUGCCAGCUCCGUGUGGGCAGCGAGGGCGGUGCUGCCGUCGUCGUGGGGGAAACCACCAGCGAUGAAGAUGAGGCCCUGUACCAGAAGAUCUCCUUGGAGCAGUGCCAAGUGGAGAGCCUGGUGGAGCUCCUGUCCCACUGCCAGAAGAGUGGUCUGGCCGGAGACUUCUUCAUCCGCUGCCUGAAGGAGCUGACUCAGGUGGCUGCGGAGGAUGAGGCAGCUCCAAACCCAGCUGUGGAGCCUGGGGGGAGUUUGCUGGAGCUGGAGCAGUCCCAGGCCAGGCAGGGGAGGAAGCUGCUGGUCCUGCAGCUCGUGGCCGCGCUGUGCGAGGGCGUCUCCGACACCGUGUUCACUGACAUUGUGCAGGUGCAGGAGUUCCUGGCAGCCGUGCUGCAGCGGGCCUGUGCCCACCCUGCGCGGGGCCCCGGCGCGGCCGCCGAGGCGCAGGGGCUCGCCAUGGCCAUGGGGCUCGCGGCCGCCGUGCUCGGCGGGGCCGUGCAGCUCAAAUCCAGCGAUUUCGCGGUGCUGAAGCAGCUGGUGCCGUUGCUGGAGGAGCUGUCCCGCACCUACCCCGACCCCCUGACCCAGGAGCUGGCCUCGGACCUGCGCAUCGCCAUCUGCACGCACGGCGCCUGCUCCCCCGGCACGCUGGGCAGGAGGCCUGGCACGGCAGCACAGAGCCCUGCUGGCCCCCCUGGCGCAGCCCCCAGCCCCCCCUCACCACGGCACAGGCACGGCAGCCCCCCGGCUCGCAGGGAGAGCAGCGAAGGGCAGAGCACGUGCCGUGCGCCCAGUGCCCCCGGUGCCUCUCCAGCCCCAUGUGCCGACAGCCUGGCCCCAGCCGGGCUCCGGGAGCUGCUGCUGUCAGCCUACGACCCCCAGCCCCCCAGCCGGGCAGCUGCCCUGCGCCAGCUCGCCAGCCUGGUCACCCAGCGGCACCCAGAGGCACUUCGGCUUCAGGAGAAGCUGCUGCAGGUGUUUCUGGAGAAUGUGCAGCACGAGGAUGCCUUUGUCUACCUCUCAGCCAUCCAAGGAAUCGCCCUGCUCUCCAGUGAGUAUCCAGAGCGGAUUCUGCCCGUCCUGCUGGCACAGUACGAGUGCCCAGCACAGGGCACGGAGGAUGCCAUGGCUGCUGUCACCAGGAUGAAGCUGGGCGAGGUGCUGAUGCGUGUCACCCGGGCACUGGGGGACAUGGUGUUCCAGCACCGGGAGCCGCUGAUCCGGGCCUUCCUGCGGGGAGCCCGGGAUCCCGACAGUGCCCUCAGGGCCAGCAGCCUCUCCAACCUGGGCGAGCUCUGCCAGCACCUCGGCUUCCAGCUGGGAUCCAUCAUCCAGGAGGUCACCUGCUGUGUGACGGCCAUAGCUCGGACAGACCCCGAGGCUGAAGUGCGAAGAGCCGCCGUGCACGUGGUGGUGGUGCUGCUACGGGGGCUGAGUGAGAAGGUCACUGAGGUGCUGCAGGACGUGCUGCGGGACCUGUACCGCCUGCUGAAGCGCGUGGUGACAACCGAGCGCGACGCCGCGACCGUGCUGCACGCAGAGCUGGCGCUGGAGGAGCUGGACGCGGCCGUGAGGAGGGCCCUGUUCCCCCCCCAGACGCUGCAGAAGAAGAUCGUGGUGCUGCCAUAGCGGGGCUGAGCCCGUGGAAAUGGACUGUUCCUGCUCCCCGAGGAAGGGCUCGCUGUGCCCUCCAGGAUGCUGCUGGCCGUGUCAGACUGGGGGCAUCUCGCUGGGACGAGGUGUGGGAUUAAACGCAGACG